AAAUUAAGCCCUAAGACUUGCGCUGUGAACAUGGCCUAUUGACAGUAGAACAACAUGAACAGCGGUGUAAAUGAGGAAGUGACCAGGUUAGAAUUACCCACCAUGAAAUUGAAAGUGCUCAUUCACUCAUGACAUUGUGGCAGGCAUGAUGUCUGCAUAUGUGCCUCACCUAAUUCUCGCCGGACUCAUAGGAAUUCACAGUCAAAUUGUUACAGUGAGUAAAGCAUCAGUCAAGGCCGGAGGUUCCAUCUCCAUCCCAUGUCUCUAUGAGUCGGGCGACAUAAACCAUGUGAAAUACUUGUGUAAAGGGAAUAAAUGGCUCUCCUGCUCAUAUGCUGUUAAAACAAAUCAGCCAGAUAAUUCUGGAAAGUUUUCAAUCUAUGAUGACAUAAACCAAAGAAUAUUCACUGUGAAAAUUAAUGGUCUGACUGAUGAUGGCGGUAGUUACUGGUGUGCUGUGGAGAAAAAAGGAUGGGAUGUUAAACAACAUUUUGAGCUGUCAGUCACCACAGGUAUGCCAAGUCUGUACGUGGACCAUCAGGAAAUUACAGCAUUUGAAGGAAGAAGUGUGACUGUCAGGUGCCACUGUAAAUAUCCAAAAAUAACACAGUGGUGCAGGCUGGGCAGCACCUGUGUGUCAGAUCAGACUGGAUUGAUACAUGGAACAACAGUGACCAUCGAUAACAGUGUUCCAAAUGGUUUCACUGUGACUAUGAUGGAACUAAAGACAGAGAGCAGUGGCUGGUAUUGGUGCAACAAUGGAGACUUUCAGAUGCCAGUGCAUGUAACUGUUCAUGAAUCAACAACAACUACUACAACUACAUCGCCCAAUACAGCAAACUUUACAGGGACACUUCCAACCACCCAGCAUUCCUCCCUGCUUACAAGUGGAGAGCCACAUACAGCUCAGCCCACAAACUCCACUAUAAACGGGCCAGGCGGAGAGAACCUGCAAGAUAAACACAAGAGUUCCACUAUUGUGACGACUCUCAGCACCACCCUCGUCUUAAUGCUGUUGGUUGUCCCCGCUGCCUUUUUUGAAUGGAGGAUGAUGAUAAAAGGAAAUAAGACCAAGCUGGAGGGCUCUGACAUCACUGUGAACGAUCUUCCCAAAGACAGUGUGACAUACAGUACCAUUGUAAUAAAGGAUGGUGUGCGAAUAUUGACUGAACCAGUAGAUGGAAGUGUGAUCUACAGCACAGUGAAACAUAAUAAGUGCUAAUGAGCAGAAAAGAUGGGAGGACUUUAAUCAAGCAACUUUUCCAUUCACCGAGUUGACAUCUUGCCUUUGAAGACAAUCAUGAUCCAGGGAGGACCUUUAUUAAUUUUCAUCCCUAAACCUCCUCCACUCGCUGGCUUAAAAAAGGUCAUCUACAUUCUGCAAUUACAUCAGGUUAUCAAAUUUUUUAAAUGAAUAAUCUCCAGUACAUGUAGUGUGCGAUCCAAUAGCAUCCACGGGGUGUGGUAUAAUAUUGGGCACAAUUAAAAAAACAGCUGACCUAAUUACUGUAUGAAAUUAAUAAAAUAUAUGAAUUUUGAUUCUGUAUAAAGUGACACUCUAUUAUUGUGCAAAUAAAAAAGAAAAUUUAAUAUGAUACAUGUCAGCUAUUCAUUUUUAUCUCAAUCAUUUUAUUUUUAACUUGUUUUUUUCCCUCAAUGUAAAGCACUUUGUAACUCAUAAUGAAGGCGAAAUGUAGCUGCAUAAUUAAGUACUUUAUCAUCACAUCAAACUGACAUAACUGCAACAAAAAAAAGAGGAAGAGAGAUUUCCCCAGUUGCAAUUGCACAUUUAUGAAUACCAGGAAAUACAAAACUAGACUGCCAAGUGGUUUUGUGUGCUCACUGUCGACAUGGCUGUUAAUCUCAGAGUUUACAGAUUUUUUUGUCUCAUGCGUGAGCUGGUUAUGUCAAUUCUGUAAUUUUUCAAUUGUCUUCAAAUUAUAUUGUCAAGACAUGUUAGAGGAAUAUUGAUAGCUAUAUAUGCAGUCAAAUGCAGUAUUUGCUCUUGUUGCAGGAAUUCACAGCAUAACUACAGUCAGUGUCGUGGAAGUGUCAGGGCUGGAAGUUCAAUCUCUAUCAUGUCUCUGUGGCUUACAAUACAUAAACCAUGUGAAAUACUUAUAUACUAAUACCUACAUAGUCAAAACAAACCAACAUCAGUACAUUACAAGGUUUAAUGGAUUUAUGAAACCACAAAUUUUUUGAUGGUUUUUAGACUACAGUUUUGCAAGGUGUUGCCUGAUGUUAUCAUUUGGUUGUGCAGUCAUUUCUUCCUUCACUUUUUUCAUUUGUAGCUGUUACACCUAUUUUCAAACCUUCACUCCAUAUUUGCGAAAUUACUUUGGACAUUUCCUGUCUAUGCCUGUCUAAUUUCAUUUGCAAAAAAACUGAUCUGAAAC